AUGAUCAGCUCAGCCCGCCAAAGUGUCGGCUCGAUCAGCAUUCGAAAGCUCGACCCGCGCCGUCAACCCGACUAUUCUCAUCACGUAGGAGGUAAUCCGCCGGCCUCCUUCAAGAACCCAUGGCUCAGCUUCGAAGGCGGCAGCCACGGGCUCCUUUCAGUUCUAAAAACACGCUUCUCAAGUACUCGUAACUUCGUGCCUGUUCCCGCAAACGAGGACGGCACUCGGAGUGAGGAGUUGGUGCCCAUCCGGAAACCUGACUGGGGGGCGGGCAAGCCUGGGCUCAAAGCCACCUGGAUCGGUCAUGCAAGCUUUUUCGUGGAGACUUCGGCGUCUUCUGGCGGACCUCGAGGCGUCAGGACCUUCUUCGAUCCUGUGUUCUCGGACCGCAUGAGCCCGGUCUCGUUCUUUGGGCCGAAGAGGUUUAGUCCGCCCCCGUGUUCGCUGGACGAAGUACCAGAGGUCGACUUGGUCGUCAUCAGUCAUAAUCACUAUGAUCACAUGGACUCGGAUACCAUUACGAGGAUUCAUGCUAGAGGUCAAGGGAGGGUGAGGUUUCUCUGCGCCCUGGGUGUCAAGCAGGCGUACCUUGGUAUAGGCAUUCCGGAGGAAGAGAUCGUGGAGUUGGAUUGGUGGGAUGGAGUCCAUAUUACGGUAAAUGGCGUUGGUGAGGUGAACCUUACCUGUACGCCAAGUCAGCACUUCAGUGGCCGUGGAAUUAGGGACCACGGGCAAGCUCUAUGGUGCUCGUGGGUGUUAGAGGAGCUCGGUAGUAGAGCUAUAGACAGACAAACAGAUGUGAGCGCCGCAGCGACAUUCGAAAGUGUACCGAAGACAGGGAAGAAGAUGUUCUUUGCCGGCGAUACCGGUUAUCGGAGCAUCACCUCUGACCCUUCCAUAACCGACGAAGAUUCUCUGCCGCACUGUCCAGCAUUCAAAGAAAUUGGCGAUCUCUAUGGGCCCUUCGAUCUGGCUCUGCUACCCAUCGGCUGCUACUUACCACGUACCUUCAUGUCGCCUGUUCAUUGUGCGCCUGAAGAUUCCGUAUGCAUUCACAAAGAUAUCAGAAGUAAGAAGAGCAUAGGUAUGCAUUACGGCACUGUCAGGGGUGGUCUAAGUGCAGAAUAUGAAGACGUCAGAGAACCGCCGGCUCGAUGGAAAAGGAGCUGUGAGAAAGAAGGGCUGAAGUGGGGAGAGGAAGUAGGCCUCUGCGAUCUUGGAGAGACGGUGGUCGUGUAG